CCCAUGGCCCAUGCGUAUCUGUGUUUGUUGAAAAUUCAUCCUACAGACUUCUCUCUAGAAUAAAUUCAGAUCCUUGUAAUGUGCUCUUACCACAGUUUCAGUGGGCACUCCAUCCUUCAUAGAUAGGUUCGUAAAAUGAAUGCUAUAUUGUGAUUGUUCGGAUUGACAAACCCACAGGUAUCGCUUGUCAAGAACUCCAGAAGUUAAUUAUCCACAAGUAUGGCCAGAGAGAAACCAGACUUGAGAAUAUACUUUGUCAUCUCAGAUGGAACUACUCCUGACCAGUGCAGCAGUCUCAUGAAGCUCACCUAUCAGGACUGCCAGCAGCGUAGCUUAACAGCAGCUUGGAUUUGUGAAUCAGAGUGCGACACAACGCAGAAUGAUAAGAAUAUUUGCUAUGUUCUCGAUAAAUUUGAAGGAGCGUUUUUCAGUAAGCUGAGGGAGAAAAAGAAAUCCUCUUUGAUUGUAGGACCUCUAUGCCUGCGGAUAUGUCUCCUGGAAAGUAUUGAAAUACCAAUUCAAGGUUCCAAACCAUUUCCAGUUUUCUCCAUGGCAAUGCGUGGUUUGCACAUCACCUGCAGUCAACUGUCACCACAUGAUAAAAAAAAAAUAAAGGAACUAGUCAGAUUUAUGGGAGGUCAGUAUUCAAAUCAUGUUCACGAGAAGUGCACGCAUGUCGUCACCAAUUCUGUCCGUUCUCCGAAGUAUUAUAAAGCCAUUGAAAUGAAAGUAGCAGUGAUGACUGAAGAAUGGAUCUAUGCUGUUUGGAAAGCAAGUCUGACGGAAAAUGUAUUGGCAACAGAUGAGCAAUUUCUGAAGUAUAAAUGCCCCAUUUUCCAUGGGCUUGAAAUUACCCUAACUAAUCUAACCCGCACAGAAAAAGAAAGGCUUGGCAAAAUCAUCUGCCAGAAUGGUGGCCGUUACAAUAAGCAAUUGGCAGAAGGAACAACAACUUUGCUGGUCGUCGGGAAGCCGGAGGGUGAAAAGUUUAAACAUGCUCUAGUAUGGGGAUUGCCAUGUGUUACGCCCGACUGGAUUAAUGAGUGCAUCAAGAAAGAUUUUGCUGUUGAAACGAAAAACUUUUUGAUUGCCCCGAAUGUCAAGUCAUCCACUCAGUUACCUGACCAAAAUACCAAUUUUUUGCCGGAAUCAGAUCCCUCAAUUACUGGCAUUGGGUAUACUGAAAACCAAUGUACUAUUCAAGUUGUUAAUGAGACAGCUUCUUUAUCUCGGAAUUCCGAUUAUCGCACCUCACAACCUCCUGCAGAGAGCCCCAGGACACCAAUCAAGACUCCGGAGAAGUCAAGUGCUGGCACUCCUGUGAAAACUCCAAUGAAAACACCUGUUAAAAACCCCUAUAACUACAAAGCAAUCUUCUCUGAAUUGAACCUACACGAUGCCAAAAGAUCAUCUGGGUUUCUUGAUGGUUGUAAGGUAUUCCUGAGUGGCUUUAGUCCUAGUGAAGAAGACUUGUUACGAAAAAUUCUCAACGCUGGAGGCGCGGUCCGGUAUUCAGAACUGUCGGAUUUGGUCACUCAUGUUGUUGUUGGGGCAUCACUUCCACAUCUUACCAAUACUUUGGCCAAUCUGCGGACUAAGCCGUAUGUUGUAACCUUGGAUUGGAUCAAAAUGAGUAUCCAGCAACAGCAUCCAGCUAACGAAGAGAACUACCUCUUUUCCAAAAUAAGCCAACCUCUUGAGGCUGCCUCUCCUCUGGCUCAAAGGGGCCUAGAAAUGCUUCAACCAGAGUUCCGAAAACCACCAGAACCCCAACGGAGCAUUGAAGGGUCUCCAAUGUCAAAGCGAAUCCUGCGCGAAUAUUCAAACAGUUCUGCCAAGCCGAGAGAACCAGACACACCAGAGAAAGAGAACCCCAUCCACCAGCCAGAACCAAUUAAUGUUCCAGACACGCAAGAAAGUGAAGAAGGAACAAUCACCGAUCUUUUCAGAGGACUCAACUUCUUAUGUCAUAACUUGGACAGUGCAAUUGAAGCUGAAGUGAUGGAGGAUGUCAUUCGUGCGGGUGGAAAAAUCGUCCCUCCCAGGUUUGCGGGAGUGCUUGACUAUACAGUCACCUCCGUCCUUACAACAGAGCUCCAGACCACAACGUGCGAAGUAGUAACUCACUUAUGGAUUAAAGACUGCCUGGAUAAAUGCAAAAUUCUAGACAUAGAAUUCUAUCAUCAGCCGCAGAUUGUGAAAACUCAUGCCAAACCUCUCACUGGCUGUGUCCUAACAUCAAGCAAUUAUGUUGGUCAAGUUCGCAAUUUUAUUCGUGAGCUUGGGGAAGGUCUGGGAGCCAAAGUGCAAGAAGUAUUUGCCAAGAAGAACAAAGGAGAUGCAGCCGCGUCGACUCAUUUAAUUUGUCCGACAUCAGAAGGAAACAAGUUUAAGGCCUCUGUUAAAUGGAAACUUCCAGCGGUGACGAUAGACUGGAUCAUAAGCUGUGCAAAUUCAGGGAAAAUGUUGCCUGUGGAUCCAUACUUAGUCAGAGUACACGAUGACUCCAUGAAUAAAAGCAAAGGAACAUCAAAAAAAGAAACUUCACCCUCUAAAGGACCAGCCACUGCAUCCAGCACUGAAAGACAAUCAGCACAGUCUAACUAUAGGAAGGAAAACCUUGCUGACAAGGUCUCCUCCUUAGCUGACAGUUUUCGUCAACAAAAUACUAAUGACAGUCUCAAUGAGUCAAAUAGAAUUCGAAGCCGUUUAGUCGCUGGUUGUGACAAUCAAAACUCCAUGCAAAGUCUAGCCAAUAUGAACUCCCUAGAUUUUGAUCCACCAGCAAAUUCAACACUCAAUCAAGCCCAAAAAAGAAAAAGUGACUCACCUUUAGAAAAUUCUGGGGCUGAAAGUUCUCGACACAGUGGAAGAUUGGCUACCCAGGACAUAAGUAAAAGAUGGAAGAAAUUUGAUGAAUUCAACCAUGACAAAACCCUGGAGCCAAAUCAACCCAGGCCUGCCAAAAGACUCGGUGCUACAAUCUCGGAGCAGCCAACUCAGAAUUAUGAUGAAGCCCAUUCUUCAAAGGCACCCAGUCCAGAAAGUCAAUGCUCAGAUGAUUCCUAUGUCCAGAAAGUUGUGAACAAUGCUCUUCAAAAUAUUGACAGCAAGCUUCAGCAAGUAUCUGCUGCGGGCAGUUUUGAAAGAAUUAAGCUAAAAAAAGUUGUCGUCCGUAAGCUGCCAGUUGAUAGCCAGCUCUCUGACCAGCCUGAUGUAGGUUGGACUGAUCCAGUUGAGGCUGAACAAAGACAACAAGACUUACUAUUGGAAAAAGGGAAAAUUAGCUCACAGGCAAUAAAGAAGAAAUUCAUUUUAACAAGCAUUCCUCCGGAUGAAAAGGACGAACUUCAAAUUAUCAUCACAGAAUUGGGUGGAACAGUUUUAAUCGAUCCUCUAUUCUCAGCAGAAGCAACACAUUUGAUCAUGCAGACACCAAUCAGAAGUGAGAAACUAUUGUGUAGCAUGGCCCGGGGCUUGUGGAUUCUUCAUCCGCGAUAUAUUCAAGCCUCCAAAGAAACAGGCUUUUUUCUUCAGGAAGAAGACUUUGAAUGGGGGAAUCCAAAAAGCGCAAAGAAUAUCCCACCACUGACCGCCAUGUCAUCAGCCAGUGCCCUUGCAAUGGCUGCCGUCCGAUGGCGCAAGAAAAUCAGCACGACAGGACAGUUUGCUUUUUCGGGUAUGCGAGCCCUCCUGUAUGUCUCGAAACAGAAAGUAGAGCCUGUGACCCGACUUGUCCAAAAUGGUGGUGGCGAGAUUCUCACCGAAAAGGAAUUAGACCAAGUCACCCAUUGUUUCAUUGAGAACCCUAGUUCAAUGCAAUUGAAUUGGGCCAAGUAUGCUGAAUACCACAUCUACUGCCUGAACGUGCUUUUCCUGAGUGACUUUCUCACUGCCGAACCGACGCUUAGUCCUGAGGACAAACUCAUUCAAGAAUAUGUGCCUUACUACAAUUCUUAUCUCUCUAGUACUAGAUAAUAGACUUGAUUUAAACUGUGAUUUUUAUUUUUUAUCCUAAAUUUAAAGUUGGAAUGUUAAAAAUGUGUAUUCUUUCAUAUUUUUUAUGAGUCUAUUCUCCUACCAUGGGAAAGAAAGUCACCCCUUUUUCAUACUUGACUCCAGUAGAUGAAGUUGCAAUAGGAUAAAAUGAUCUCAUGAAUGCAAGAUUGGAGUGGCUUGCAAAACUUUGUUUGCAAUUAUGACAGUUUAGUCACGAUCAAUGAAGCAAACUCUAAAAUUAAACCGUAUUUACAAAGUGGAUCAAUGAUGAGAACUAGAGAACAGAUAAUCUGGAAAAAGACAUUUUUAAUAACUAUGAGAAAACCUACCAUUUUCACCGUGUACCUAAUUUUUUUUUUUUUUCUUGUAUUUGGAGCGAGGAGAUAGUGACAAUCAAGCAAAAAUCAAUUCCAGUGAAUCUAUUUUAUUUUUUACAAAUAUAUCUGCGAGAUUAAUAAUUGAAGAUCGUUCAAUUUUAAACUCUCGUCAGGAAUAUCAAUCUAGAUUUUAAAUCCAUAAAAAUUGUUUUGAUUCUUUUAAUUAUCUAUGAUAAAUUAUGAAUGCCUUGCUAUUACUAGUUCAAAAUUACCAACCCAGGGCAUAGUCCUUUCCAUUUGGUAAGCCAAGAGACCUAAAAAAAUGUAUGUACUACAUGAUUACAAUUGUUUAUAAUUUAACAUUUAGUAUGUAUUUUUAAAUGGCGGUAAUAUUUUUACAUGUAUGUAUGUAUAUUUUACGUUUUAGGAACAAACAAGUGUAAGGAUGCAAAGAUAAUCCGAUUUUACUUAUUUUAAAUAUUCUUACUAAUUGCUUUUUAAUUUUUAAUUUUUUUUUUUUUUUUUUUUCAUUGCAAGAUCAAUUGAGUUUAUCAUCAACAAAGGAGGUAAACGAACCAAAAUUCUUAUCGCAACCUUACUUUGUACUUGGCCUAUGUGUGUGUGUGUGCUUUUAAGUAAUGAAAGUACUUAAUUAUGUACUCAUAUUAUGUUGAAGAGAUUUUUAAUUCAAUGACCAGUGGAUGUAAUCUAGAGUCUCUACCCAGGAGAAAGUUCCUUUUGUGUUGAAAUUUUAUGCAAUAAGUAAUUUGCAAUUGUUGGAACGAAGUGAAACUUGGAGGGGGCUUUUUAGGUGGGGGGGGGGAAUUAAGGAUGUUAUUUAAAAUUUAGAGAAAAGAUCCUUUGGGCAAAGUGAAAAAUAAAUCCUCCAAUAUGUGUUUGAGGUUUCUAUCAAGGAAAGUCAUAUCUAUGAAAGCUGUCUUAUUGUAAGAAUUAAGAUACCUCUCGAGAAAGUUCAAUUUUAGAAUGAGAGCUGCGUUUAGCUUUUUAAAACAUCAUUUCUGACUUUUUAACACUUUUUCAAUUUGUUACUUUUUUCAUAUUUUGGGGAUUGAAAUUAAUUGAACUUUUCUUGAACUUGAUCAAUUGAUCUUAUUUUCUGUCUUAAGUGUAGUGUAAAAAAAAACAAAGGAUCUUUCUCUGUGUUGUUCUGUAGAGAACAAGCAUAUCUGAGCCCAGUGAGUCCUUGCUGCCUCUCAUCUGACAUUUUUUUAAUGUAAGAAGUUCCAUUAAACAACCUUGAAUCUUGGAUUUUCCACUGUUGCCUUGAGGAGUUUCUUUAAAGUAUUGAUACCCUGCAAAUAUGAUACACCGCAACUCAAGAACCCUCUCCAAGAUUUGCUAUAAUUUUUGCAGCAGUUGAAGUGAUGAAUAAGUCUCAUGGCUUUUUCUAAAGUUCCUGGUUUUUCAACCAUUUUUUUUGUUUUUAUGAACCAAAAAUAAUUUAUUAAGUAGUGUUUUGAGCUCUCAGCUACAUCAUGAAUCGUCGUUUUGUUGUUAGAAUGUACUUAGCCAAUUUCAGAACUGUAGUUCUUUUUUCAUUGAAGCAAGUGUACCAAGUAAAAAAAAGGUCAUCAAAAAUGUACACCAUUUUUCUGUCAAUUCCUGAUAGUGUCAUAUUUUAUUUUCUAAGACUUUCGCCGAAAGCAAUUCAUUUUAUUUUCUAAGACUUUUGCUGGAAGCAAUUCAUUUGUAACGGAAGCUGUCAGUUUUCACGCUCUAAUCCAAAA